AUUGGAAAAGAGAUGUUGUGGCUAAAAUUCUCAGUCAGUUUUUGGCAUUCAAAGCAAACAGAACACAAGUGGCGAGGCAACAACAGCAAGUUAAAGAGUUGAAAAUUUGGCAAAGAUGAGCGUUGAAAGGCACAGCGAGGAGUUUGCAAACAAAACGCUGCAGGACUAUGAAGUGCUCUCCGUUAUGGGCAAUGGUGCCUUUGGCACCUGUUACAAAGUGCGUGACAAGAGCACUGGCCAGCUGUACGCCUGGAAGGGCAUGAACUAUGAUGAACUGGAUGAGGCCAAGUGUGAGUCGCUCAUCUCGGAGAUAAGCGUGCUGCGUCAGCUGCAGCAUCCCAACAUAGUGCAAUACUAUCAUCAUUUAAUCAACCGCGAGGCCAAGUCCAUUUAUAUCGUUAUGGAGUGCUGCGCCGGUGGCGACUUGGCGCAGCUUAUACAACGAGCACGCCGGCAGCAUCAACGCUUCGAGGAGUCCUACAUUUGGCGUGUGCUCUUCCAGCUUUGUCGUGCGCUCCAGGUGUGCCACAAUAAAAUAACCGCCGGCACCAUUUUGCAUCGCGACAUCAAGCCGGCGAAUAUAUUUCUGGAUGCCAGUGGCAAUGUUAAGCUGGGCGACUUUGGCUUGGCGCGCCUGCUGCGUCGUGAUCAAAGCUUUGCCGCUUCCUUCGUGGGCACGCCGCACUAUAUGAGUCCCGAGCUGGUCAAGGGCGGUCAGUAUGAUCGCAAGAGCGACGUCUGGGCCUUGGGCUGUCUGGUCUACGAGCUGUGCGCAUUGCGUCCGCCGUUUCGUGGUCGCGUUUUUCAGCAGCUGUCGGAUAACAUUGCUCAAGGUGAAUUUAGCAGCAUUCCCAGCGUUUAUGGCAGUGAUCUACAGUCGAUAAUUGGCUUUAUGCUGGCCGUCUCACAUGAGCAGCGUCCCGGCAUUGAGAUCAUUAACAGACAUCCGCUGCUGGUGCGCAAUAUAAGCCAACUCGAUGGGGAAUUUCCACGCCUGAUUGCAGCCACUGAAGAGUUCUAUGUGGCUGGCGUUAGUCAAUUGUUUCCCGAGCCGACAACGCCUGGCCACUGCAGCACCAUUUGCUCGGAACAGCGCAGCAUAAGCGGAGUCUUCACGCCAGACUUGCGCAGCGAGCUUUUCUACUCGACCAGGCGUCGUUUGCAGCGGCAGCGCUCCGAUCCGGCGCUUUAUGAGAGCAUACGACGGGAACAGCAAAGUCCGCGCCGCCUUACAGAGCACAUAUUCAAUGAUGCACUGCAGCAACGCUUGCAUGCAAUACGCGCGCAGGAAUCGCUGCUGCAGCAGCGCGCUGAUGAAUUGCAGGUGGCGGAGCAACGUGUCAAGGCAUUGGAGCGUCAGCUGUUGCAAAAGCUGCAGCAAGCAGAGCAGGCGCAAGCUCCACGUCCGUGUCAAUGCCGCGUGCCGCCGCUGCCAGCGCGAAAACCACAAUCUCGCCAUGACGAUACCUACUGCAGCAUUGAACUGAAUGAAACGGCGCCCACAGUGGCGAAGCUGAAUCUAGCUGCGCUGCCGGCGCCAAAGCAACUGCAUCACAACAUCAAUAGCCAGACGCUGCGUAAGGUAACGUUCCAGUCACCGCCGCCAAAGCCUGCAGCGGUGCCCAUGCAAAUAAGCGUUAGUAGCAAUGAAUCUGCCGAUAGUCAAGCUUCCAAUACGCGACGUAAAUCGAUUUUAUCACUCUUUGGUCUAAGUCGUGCUCCCAAGGCAGUCAACAAGACGUCAGUAGCAGCAGCACCGCAACAACAGCAGCAGCCGCAGAAGCAAACAGAGCGCCGUAUUCCCUUGGCCAUCAAACAGCCGUCGCAGCAGUUGCAGCCAUCCCAAUCGCUCACCAACAUGUGGACGAAGGAGCAGAAGCGAGCAGCUUUUGAUAUGCUGGCUGCCAUGAAUGCGGCGGAGAAGGAUGCAGCCAGCGUUGCGCCUGCGCGCCGUCAACAGUUGCGUCAAUCUGUGCGGGAGCGCAACUCCAGCUUGCAGCGCAGUCGCAUGCGACGUUCGCUUGUGCUUGUGCCGCCCCAGCAAAAGUUGUCACGCGAGCAAAUGUUAAUCUAAGUUGUAUGCCCUGUGAUGUGGAAUAGGUUCCAUAUUUUUUUUCUUUUUUU